CUGAGGGUCGCGCACAUUCGACGUCAUCGUGCUCAGCGGCCCGCGACAGUCUGCCCGCCGUCAUCACACAGGCGUUAAACGACUCAUUUAAUUUAUUUACCCAGAGUACAAUGCUUAACGCCAGGGUACACCGUGGUUAAUUCAACCCCUUGUUACUUCACGAUAUUUUUAUGGGCAACUACGCUGGCGUGACUCCGUAUAAGCGGACAUGUCCACUCCCGGACAUGCAGCGGAAAACUUUUUCCAUCUUUGCUGUGUUACUUCUUUUCGUCACAGAAACUUCAUUAUCUCCAUAUGUCAUCGGAGUCGAUGUGGGGAGACCAGUGGGAGAUCUUAAACCGUUCUGGAGGAGCACUGGUUUCUGUCCCCCGCUCCCUCACACACACGCCCACCAGUUCGACCUGAGCAUCGACCAGCAGCUGAACCUGGCCUACGUGGGCUCAGUGCCCCACGGAGGGAUCCAGCAGGUCCGGAUACACUGGAUGCUGGAGUUGGUCACUGCACAAGAUGUUGGAGGAAAACCCCAGUACGACUUCACUAAACUCGACCAGCUCAUAGAGCUCUUGUGGAUUAAUGGACUCCGACCAGGUUUUGAACUGAUGGGCAGCGUCUUUAACUAUUUCACUGACUUUGAGAACAAAUCACAAGUUGUCGAGUGGAGAAAUCUGGUUUAUCUGAUAGCCAAGAGGUACAUUGACAAAUAUGGCCUGGCAGUUGUCUCUCAGUGGAACUUUGAAACAUGGAAUGAGCCAAAUAACCACGAUUUUGAUAAUGUCACUGUGUCAAUUCAAGGGUUUCUAAACUACUAUGAUGCCUGUUCGGAGGGUCUUCGCGCUGCAGACCCUCUCCUGAGGUUUGGGGGUCCAGGUGACUCCUGUCAUUCUGCCCCCCACUCCCCAUACUGCUGGGCCAUGCUGCAGCACUGCUACAACGGCACCAACUACUUCACAGGAGAGACCGGGGUCCGGAUCGACUACAUCGCCCUGCACAAGAAGGGAGGAGGCUACUCUCUGCCCAUCCUCCAGCAGGAGAUCGAGACCGUGGGGGAGAUCGCCCAGCGUUUUCCCCGGUUCCGCAGCCUCCCUGUUUACAACGAUGAGGCUGAUCCGCUGGUGGGCUGGUCCAGGCCUCAGGAGUGGAGGGCCGAUGUGACCUACGCUGCGAUGGUGGUGAAGGUAAUACACCAGCACCAGGAUCUGCUGCUCGCCGACCCAAACAGCAACAUCAACUACACGCUGCUCAGCAACGACAACGCCUUCCUCAGCUACCACCCACACCCCUUCACCCAGCGCACGCUGGCUGCCCGCUUCCAGGUCAACAACACCGAGCCACCUCACGUCCAGUUGAUCAGGAAGCCCGUGCUCACCGUCAUGGGCCUGCUGGCUUUGUUAGGAGAGACUCAGAUCCUGGCUCAGGUUUUGAGCCCAGCAGGAAGUAACAACGGCACGGUGGGAGUUCUGGCCAGCAUCCACGAGCCUGUCACACCAGGGGGCUCAGACAGCUGGCAGGCAGCCGUGCUGAUCUACAACAGUGACGACAACAGCACCUCUACUAGUACUGAUGAUGUCACCAUUUCGCUGAAAGGGUUGGCUGCACAGACGGGUCUUGUGUAUAUCAUGUAUUACAUUGACAACAAUGUAACCAACCCGCACCAGCUGUGGCAGAGCAUGGGCAGCCCCGACUACCCCACAGCAGAACAGUUCAGGCGCCUCAGGGCUGUGCAGGACGCUCGCGUUGAAGGACCUCGGGAAGUUCCUGCCGCGGACACUCUGACUCUGAAAGCCAAACUGCCGGUGCCGUCCGUCCUGCUCGUCCAUGUUUGUGUCCUGCCCAAAGCCUGGCCGGAACAGAUCGAUGGCUUACACUUCAUCAAGAUCACCAAGGGCCACGUCCUGAUCGUCUGGUCAGACCGCCGUCUCAAUUCCAAAUGCAUUAAGACAUUUGAAGUGGAGUUCUCCAAAGACGACAAGGAAUGCAGUAGAAUUAAUACUCAAGACACCAUUUUCACUUCUUAUGUUUAUUCACCUGUGGACCAGGAGGUCGGCGGUGUGUACAGAGUCCGAGCGGUGGACUACUGGGGAAGACCUGGCCCGUACUCGCUGCCUGCCAGUCACACGGGGGAGCACUAGACCAAGUGGAAUAGCAUUCAUAUUGUCUGUAAAUACAUUUGUACAGUGUAAAUACAUUUUCUAAAGAUCAAUGUGCUUAUUAUAUAUGAUAUCUUUUCUGUGCAAAGUCUGAAGAUAUACUUCUGGUCUAAUUUACAGUAAUACAGGCAGUCCUGUUCUGAGAGUACAGUUGUGUUUGUAAUUUCAAAGACUGAGAUUGUCAGCUAAGAACAACAUCAAAUAAAUUAAUUUCUUGAGCAGUU